AUGUCAAAGCUUCAUAGAAUAGGUGAUGGUUUUGCCAAAAACGUCAACUAUGAAGUGUCAACUAAGGCCCAUUUUCAUGUAGUGGGGAUUGAUUUCCCAUGUUUGGUAAGUCCUGACAUGAGAAAUAUGAUUUCAUGGCACAUGGGAAAAGAGGAGGGGAAACUGCUCCAUCACCCUUGGGUUUCAUUUUCCACACUAAUGGGAAACCAAGGUCAACAUUAA